CAUCCAGUCAUUGAUAAUUUUAAACCCAGCUGUCGUUGGAAAGGCCUAUCAGGCGAUUCCUCGCUUCUCGCUAUCUCGCUUCGCAUUCGAGUGCUGCGCGUUGUUUAUUACAGCUGUCUUGCGCCGUUUGUUGAUAUAUCAAAUCCAGUAUCCAAUUUGCUGAGAGUUUGAUUUUUUAUUUACUAGAAAUCACAAUCGUGUUUUGUGGAAAGUAGAAGUGAAUUGUAUAAAAAGUGAGUGAUUUUCUCGAUCGAAGUGUUGUGUACAGCAUAAAAAUUUCUUAAAUAGAUCAAAACAGGUAACUACUACACAUCCAAAGCACUGCAUAUUUUAGAGGGAAUAUAGCCAGCAGCAGAAAAUGGGUCUUUCGGCUUCCACACUUGUCGGCGGUAUUCCUAAGAUUUAAAUGACUGAAACCAUGGAUCAGGAACAGGUCGUGAUGACUCCAAAAUGCAAAACCCACAAUUCUACUACCCUAAUAAUAGAAAGACGAAAAAUAAAUAAAGCGAAUGACAAAAUGCACGUUGCUGGAGGUGAACAUACAGGAAUUAUUAUCAAUAAAGAAACAGCAUCAGAAAAUGGAGUGUCACCGCCAGCGCAGCUCUCUCUAGAAUUCAGAGUAUUUCUAGUAAAUAAAGAAACAGGUAAACACACUCAAGAAUCUCGAACGAUAAGGUUUUGGUUCAGAGAUACUCCAAAUACCCAAGAUGAGACCGAUGGAGGCCAAGCAGGAGUUGCCCAAGAUUUUUUCAGAGAAUUGGUCAGCCCCCAAGAAUUCCCUAGAGACUACGUUGGUUUUAUAAAGAAAAUAAUGAAAUUGAUGCAACAUAGUUUCAAAAGUAUAGUAAAAUUAGAAGUAGAAUUAAGGCAAUUAGAAGAAACAGUAGAAGUUCCUUCACGACCACCUCCUGGGUAUAGUAGAAUUGAUCUAGAUUCCUCGUUUAUGGUUUCAGCGGAAGAAAAUUCCUUGGGCCAUAUUGUGGUACUAACCGUAGAAAAAGUUUUAGAAAUAAUAGAAUCGUCAUAUCCUAAUCCAAUUACAAUAAAAGAUAUUGCUAGAGACAAUGGCUGGGAUGAAGAGGAAGUUGCACAGUGUAUAUCCCAACUCCAGUCCCGUCAAGUGGUCAAAGCUAUGGAACAUGGUGCUUUCACCCGUCAACAAUCUCACGAUACCCAUCAAGUUACCAUCGUCAAACAAAUGCCAACUGUCGCCAGCUCGAAACAACCCACGAUCGCCAUAAUUACUGCCCAAUAUUGCGAGAAAUUAGCAGUAGAUGCCAUGAUCGAAAAUAAGGAGACUUUCGUUAGGUAUACCACAGUGGGUCCGACGAGUCCUGUGGGAGAAGGAAGGCCUAGAUUUGGCGAAUCCAACGUUUACACUCUCGGCAAUAUAGGAGCACACAGAAUCGUGUGCACCAAGUUACCAUCUGUCGGUCACACUAGAGAAGCAAUGACAGCUGCCGGUAAUACAACUACAAGGCUCUUAGGAACCUUCCAAAAAGUGGAUUAUGUAUUUUUAGUGGGUGUUGGAGGUGGAGUGCCACAUUAUACGGAUUACAAUAGACACGUUAGGCUGGGCGAUGUUGUUAUAUCGUCUCCUGUGAAAAACAAGAACAUAUAUUUCUAUUGCGAAUCAGCGAAAUCGACGGACAAAGGCAACGAAUUUGAAAUUAAACCCUACAGUCCAUCGAACGUCAAACUCCAGGAAAUAGCUACACAAUUGAAACUGUCGACCGACGCAGACAGUGGGCUAACUCCACCUUGGUUAAAUUACUUGAGAGACGGCUUAAAUAUUUUGAGUAAUCAAACGGAACCGGACUUCAAAAUGCCCGACAGUGAGACUGAUAAGUUGUAUAUGAGUAUAGGAGAGAAGGACUUGAUAGAGGUUGCGCAUCCCAUGCCUCAAGAUCAUUUUAAGAAAAGACUUGAUGGCUGCCCUCGCAUUCAUCUUUCAACGAUAGCAUCUGGUCGUCAAGUGGUGAAAGACGACCGACUACGACAACAAUUCGCUAACCAAGUCGGUGCUCUGGCGUUCGAUUGCGAGUUCGAUACAGUGAUAGAAUCGAUUUUGGGCAACUGCAAGGACAGCUUCUGCAUCAUAAGAGGAAUAUCCGAUUACAAAGACGGCACUAGAAGGAAAGAAUGGCAGCCCUACGCUUCAUUGGCAGCUGCCAGCGUUAUGAAAGCUAUCGUCUGUGGAAUGGAGAAUUAGUCGUAAUAGGUUCUUAUUUCGCCUAAGGGAUAUUUUGUUAUUUAUUGUAAUGAUCAAAGAGCAGGUUAUUUUAAAAACAAAUUAAUAUAUUUCCUAAAGAUUUUAAUUUUAA